UCAUUGUCUUCUUCCUGGUAUAAGACUUAAGAAUUUAGAGGGUUUUUAAUAUUCGAUUUCGCUGAUGGAUUAUCGUAGUAGUUUCUAUUCUCAUGGUGUCUUCCAAGAAAUCACCCAGUAUAAAGUCGCCGACGCGUUGAGUUUGAGUUUAAGGGUGUUCAAAUUUCAAGCUUUCUCAGGAAAAUUUUGAGCUUUCUUUGUUCUUCGAUUCUUCUCUUCUGGGAUUUAAGAUUAGAUUACUCAGUUAUAUGGCUUACGCUCGUGGCUUCGCUACCUUAACCUUCUCGCCGCCGAAUUUUCUCCGACGACUCCGUUUAUCCCGUCCCCGACUUCAUCGAAACCACAGCGCGAAGCCGCCCAGUUCACGAAUCAGCUGCAAUCUGAAAUUCAACUACGCCGCCGGAAAAUUCCGCGAGCUCGGUCUAUCCCGUUCCGUGGAGCUAGACCAAUUCAUCACAAGCGGAGAAGAAAACGAAGCAGACGAAAUCGGGCAAGGGUUUUUCGAGGCGAUUGAGGAAUUGGAGAGGAUGACCAGAGAGCCAUCGGAUAUUCUCGAGGAGAUGAACCAUCGGUUGUCCUCUCGAGAGCUUCAGCUGAUGCUUGUCUACUUCGCGCAAGAAGGUAGAGACUCUUGGUGCGCUCUCGAAGUGUUUGAGUGGCUGAAGAAGGAGAAUAGGGUCGAUGAAGAGAUGAUGGAGCUGAUGGUUUCGAUCAUGUGCGGAUGGGUUAAGAAGCUGAUACAAGAAGAGUGUGAUGCAGGGCAAGUGUUCGACCUAUUGAUUGAGAUGGAUUGUGUUGGGUUGAAACCUGGUUUUAGCAUGAUGGAGAAAGUGAUUGCUCUGUAUUGUGAGAUGGAGAAGAAAGAAAGUGCGGUUUUGUUUGUCAAGGAGGCUUUAAGAAGAAGAGAUACUACUGGUUACAGUGUUGUUGGCUCUGAAAGUAGAAAAGGAGGACCAAGUGGUUAUCUUGCUUGGAAAAUGAUGGUUGAUGGAGAGUAUAAGAAGGCUGUUGAUUUGGUUGUUGACUUGAGACACUCAGGGCUAAAGCCAGAAGCUUACAGCUAUCUGAUUGCGAUGACAGCCAUUGUGAAAGAGCUUAACAGCCUUGGGAAAGCCUUGCGUGAGUUGAAACGCUUUACACGGGCUGGUCUCGUCGCUGAGGUCGAUGAUCAGGAUAGGUUACUCAUCGAGGAGUACCAAACAGAGCUCGUAUCCCGUGGACUGGAGCUAGCCGCUUGGGCGAUUCAGGAAGGACAGCAGAACGAUUCCAUCGCUGGUGCGGUCCACGAGAGACUCCUCGCUAUGUACAUAUGCGCGGGACGUGGACCAGAAGCAGAGAGACAGCUCUGGGAGAUGAAGUUUGCAGGGAGAGAACCUGAAGCUGACCUCCACGACAUUGUAAUGGCGAUCUGCGCUUCACAGAGAGAGGCCGAUGCGGUAUCGCGGCUUGUGACGCGGGUUGAGUUCAUGGAGUCCAAGAGGAAGAAGAAGAGUUUGUCAUGGUUGCUCAGAGGGUAUGUGAAAGGAGGGCACUUUGAAGAGGCUGCAGAGACAUUGAUGACGAUGGUGGACUCUGGUUUGUAUCCGGAGUAUAUUGAUCGAGUGGCUGUGAUGCAAGGGAUGACGAAGAAGAUCCAACGGCCGAGAGAUGUUGAAGCGUAUAUGGGUCUGUGCAAGAGGCUGUUUGAUGCUGGUUUGGUAGGACCUUGUCUUGUGUAUAUGUACAUGGACAAACAUAAGUUGUGGAUAGUGAAGAUGAUGUGAAGGAAGGAUGAAUAUAGAAAGAGGUGAGACUGAAGUUUAAAGACUCUAUCUCAGCUGGAAGGUUCGAUGUCUGCUAUUUUUGGGUAUAUAAAAGUAUCUGUAUGUAUGUAAUACGUAUAUAUAUAUAUCCGUAAGGAAAAAAACCUUAAUGUAUCUGUUUACGAAAGCUCAAAUUCAACAAAGACCAUACAACACAUAUAAGAAAGGGAUCAUAAAGAAACAGAUUUAAGUACCCCAAAAAAAGUACUCAUUAAGAGUAAUAAGUAAUAAUAUAGCGACAUUGUCUACAAAAACCAAGUAAAAAAAAGAGAGCUAAGCUGUAAGAAAAAGCCACAUCCUUAGUUUUGUCUUUGCUGGAUUUGAGCCAAACUUGGAAGAUACAUGAAAAUAGAUGGAAGCCAUGUUUUGUCCGUAGAAAAUUCUCGUGAUAUCGUCCACCCUGCCUUGUUGGAAGAUUCUAUAUAAGCAAUUUGUCUGUAAUAUUCAUCGUCUUCUCCAAGAAUGAACACCUUGUUCUCGCUGGUCGUAUCAUAACUUAAAUUGGCACACAAGGCCACUUUCUUCUCUUGGUCGAUUAAUAGAUUUGACUAAACAUCAUAACAAAGAGGUGGAGUGUGUAACUCCGCCGUAAAUAACUUGCUCCACGACAAGGCAGCUUCAUCAUCGAUUUUAUUGGUCACCCACAUCUCAAUCAUUGAGAAACCAUAUCUCAGACCUAACCCUGUAUCAAAAAACACAGAGAGUUGUUCUUCUCUUCCAACAACUGACAGAGCUUCGAAAGAUAAAUGAUUCAACUUCGGAAGAGACAGAAGCUCAAAUCUCUCUUUUGUAAAAUCAAAGCAGAGUAAAUAGAAGACAUUUGAAUCGACAACAAUCCAGUAAGUAUUUCCCUUCAGUGAAACCCUUUUUUUCCCCAUAGGGAGCACUUGGGUUUGACUACGUUUAAACCCCUCCAAGAAUUAGAGCAAGAC